GAAGCGUUUGUUCAUAGAGAUAUCGAGUAUCGUGUACCUUGCUGCGAAGAGCACCCGCACUUUUGAAUUGGCCCAAGCUUUAGGAUUUGGGAAGGAUUCAGGAUAUCGGCGGCAGUAUCCUAGAGACUUUUGGGAAGCGCUUCUAAGAUAUAUGUCGUGAACAAUGGGGAAGUCUCGAUCGACUAACCAACAGUCCCAAUGUUUAAAUUCCUACAUUCAACCGUACUCUUAAGACUCCUUUGCCCAUCAUAUUCUUGCAUCACACAUCAUUGUUUUACCAUAAAAGACAUUUGUACUCUCUGAAUUAUACCUAUCUACCACGUCAUUCAACUGCCAACCGUCGAUAUGUGCCUAGCCACAAUGUUAAUAGCACUGAAGGCCAAUCUUGAGCCAACGGUACUCGUAAACCUUGGCAUGGGUUUACUGGUCUUGAUGUUAGCUUUCGUCGGAGCAUGCUGCCGUCAAGUAUACACAAAGCAUGUAGCCAAGGAACCAUUACUUCUCACUGUUGAACCCAAGAGCGCCAAGUUUAUACAGACAGAAGUAGAGAAAGAAAGGCACUUUAAUGAAUCGCAAAAGUCUCCAGGACAUCUGGCAAUACAGAGGACAAAGAACCAUCAUAUUCUUGGGCUGCAUGUUAGAUGACGCGAAUUACUGAAUGACAUUGUGCAUUCUUGAAAAAGAGAAAGGAAAAACACGAGUAUAAUUUGAAGCUUGAAAUGCUCAAUCGUUGUCGAAACCGCACGCAAACUAUCGCGUUUUAGGAAAGAUAGAUGUUAUAAGACUUCAGGAUGGGAGUACAGGCUGCUACAAGGGCUUUUUGGAAUUUUUAUAGGAAUUGAACUCGAGAUAUUGGCGCCGCCAUUUUUAAGGCGGGGUCUAAACGCAGGAAAUUGCCGGUUUGGUCUUCCAUGGCAUACCGGUCGUGUAUGAUUUUGGGAGCUUCAGCGCUCGAAUGGUGUAUAUGAUAUGUUGUAUCUUUUCUUGUACAUGUAUUACUGUUUUGCCAAUAAAUAUCAUCAGACAGUCCGA